UUAUAGAAUGUCCAAUCAGAACCAUCAGAAUCUCUGCUGCCGCCAACGCAACCUAUUUAAAUUAUCUCAGGCAAUCUUUCAGACAAUCACGGACCACUACCAAAUUUCUUUUGCCGGACGAGUUCCGUUCUCUUACUUAGGUUCGGUAACUGAAUCGAUGAUACAGGACGAUGUGUUGCUUUUUCAACUUUCCACUUAUCUAACUCUUCUACAAGCUUGUGAUAUACCUAGUUUUGUGUUGAUCAAGCUAAGAAUAACUCGACCAACAUGGCGUCUCUCGAAACAGGCUUAACACAUUCUUGUGGCGUUUUCGCUUGUGUAAGGGCUGAAGGAGUUACCUCAGAGGAAGUUGAUGUCGCCAGUAUGAUUUCACUUGGCUUGGUUUCACUUCAGCAUCGGGGCCAAGAAAGUACUGGAAUGGUGACAAAUGAUGGCAAAAAGUUUCAUCAGCACAAAGGAAUGGGACUUGUUAACCAGGUCUUUCAGGAACAGCACAUAAAAUCACUGCCAGGACACAUGGGUAUUGGACACACACGCUACUCAACUGCAGGGGCAUCAGAGCUCCUAAACUGUCAACCAUUUGUAGUAGACACAAUUCAUGGAUGUAUGGCUGUUGGACACAAUGGAGAACUGGUUAAUGCUAAAGCAUUGCGAAAACAGGUUCUCCGCAAUGGAACUGGUCUAUCAACAGGAAGUGACAGUGAAGUAAUUACACAGCUGUUGACAGCCACACCUCCAUGUGGGGAACUUGAUGGUCCAAACUGGCCAGGAAGAAUUUACGAAAUGAUGCAACUCACGCAGUUGGCUUACUCGCUUGUCAUCAUGACUCAGGACUGUAUAUAUGCUGUGAGGGACCCUCAUGGAAACCGACCACUGUGUAUUGGUAAGCUUAUGAGUUUGAAUAGCAGCCCACAGAUGGCACGUCUUGGUGGAGAGACUAUUCAGAAUGGAGAAACUCAUGAUGAAAACUGUACAUUAGGUUGGGUUGUGUCUUCCGAAUCCUGUGGCUUCCACUCAUUUGGAGCUUCUAUGUGUAGAGAAAUCAAGCCUGGUGAAAUCGUGGAGUUAACAAGAAAAGGUUUUGAGUCAAAGAGAAUUGUUCCACUUCAAAACCCAGAAAAACCACCAUCAUUCUGCAUUUUUGAGUAUGUUUACUUUGCACGACCAGACAGCAUGUUUGAGGGACAGAUGGUCUAUGGUGUGCGGCAGGAAUGUGGUAGGCAGCUAGCUCUAGAAGCUCCCGUGGAAGCAGAACUAGUCAGCACUGUGCCAGAGUCAGCCACACCUGCGGCGUUGGGUUACUCCUUACAGACUGGUAUUCCUUAUGUUGAGGUCCUCACCAAAAAUCGUUAUGUCGGACGAACAUUUAUACAGCCUAGUGACAGGCUACGGAAGCUUGGUGUUGCCAGGAAAUUUGGUCCACUGUCAAUGAAUUUCAAGGGAAAGAGGGUUGUGCUGAUUGAUGAUUCUAUUGUACGGGGAAAUACCAUGGGCCCAAUAAUCAAACUCUUGAAACAGGCAGGAGCUAGAGAGGUUCAUAUUCGAGUUGCAUCACCACCAGUCAAGUAUCCCUGCUACAUGGGAAUCAAUAUUCCAACAAAGGAAGAGCUGAUUGCAAAUAAGAUGAAUGCAGAGGAAUUAGCAGCACAUUUGGGAGCCAACAGUUUGGUUUACUUGAGUUUAGAUGGCCUUGAGACAGCUGUGCGCUCUGGCAUUGUCAAUCCAGCUGGUGAGAAGAUUGGCCACUGCACUGCCUGCUUGAGUGGACAGUAUCCAGUUGAUGCACUGGAUUGGUGAAUUAAGUUACAUAAUGUUUUUCCACCAAUUUAACCAGAUUAGGGAUUCAAACCUGGACUGAGGUGGAUAUGGUGAACAUCAAAGCAUUUACCAUGGAAAUGCAAAUUAUUUAAUCAGACAAAGGAAACUGAAAAAUAUUUAACAUAAAGCUAAUCAAGUCACUAAUAACUGCAAACUUGCUUACAACAAACUAAACUAACGAAUAGCAAGCCAACAGCCACAAGUUAAUGAGAACUAUCAGCAAUAAUUGCUCAGUAGUAAAUAGUUGCCAUCUGCAAGCACAUUGCUUUAGAAAGUGAAACUGCUGAUGUAAUGUGGAAGAGACUGUUAAAAGUAUUUACUAAGAUGAGAGCAGUGUAGCAGGAGUUUAGUUGACUAGGCAUUCAUUAGAGCAUACAUGUAUGACAGGAACCUAUUCCUGAUUACUUUGGACAUGCACUGUAAUUUAUUCUUUUAUAUCAGUAUUUUUGAUGACUUAAAAAGUGAAAAGUGUAAGAUCAAUUUACAAAGACGUAUUACUAUUUAGUAAGAAAGCCUAUGUGUGAACCAGACAGUUUGAAUUCCAUAAGAAUAUUUUAAAAUUUUAAGAGAUUUUGUUUUAAUAGAAAAGAGUAAGACAUAAAGUCAAGGAUAGUUUUCUAUUAACUCUAAAGCUGCCCUCAACUUAAAGUGUCUUAUCAUAAAUGUGAGAUAUCUGGUUUUUGCUUUGUUUUGACAGGGUCAAUUUUGUAAGUCAGGUUUUGAGAUUUUGUUUUGAUGUGGGUGCUUCAACUGUGUUUUUGUGAUAAGUGAGUAAUGAUUCCAGGGAAAAACCUGUCAUUUUAAAUUUCCUCUCGAUACGAGCUUGACUUUGCUCAAAGUAGUCAGGUAGCUACCUUUUUAUUUAUUAAAUUACAGCUUUUAGUUUAAAACUCUAAACAGGAAGAGUUCAAGGGGUUAUGUUUACUUUAUCCAAUUGUAGAAAACAAGGUCAUUUAUUAAGUAUCCAUACAUUAGGUAAUACACAAGAGUGUCUACCAAAUUAAUUUUGUGGUACAUCUGUCAAAAAUAUUCAUUGGUGAGAUUUCUAUCAACCUUAAAUUAUUUUUUUGUUGUAAGAAACUUUUUUGGGAUGGAUCUUUAGAAUCUUAUUUCCAAUUUAAAUUGUGUGGUGUUUUGAAAUAAAUGAGUGAUACAUGCAA